GAGUCCCGUAUAAAGAGGGUUCACAUGCACACAAGAGUGCAACGAACACACGCACAAACGCACUUUAGCUGUGUCUCCAUAGUGACCAGCUUUGCUGCCCCGGCUUGGGGAGGAAAUGCCAAACUCGGUGCUUCAGAGGCGCUCCACCAGAAAAACACAAACACACACAGCUCUAUUCUAAUCCUCUGACCGGCCACAACGGAAAAACCUCUCCUCAUCUUAUCACUCCGCUACCUCCCUCUGUUCAUUCUCUCCUCCCCAUAUUUCCUUUUCUCUUUUCCUCUCACCCCUCCCUCUCUCUCUCUUGCUCUCUUUCUCUCUCUGCCUCUCUCGCUCCCCUGUCAGUGGUAAGUUCAUUGAAGUAGACAACAGAGAGAUGAAAGGGAAGAACCCCUGGCAAAAGCCUGUGACCAUCAUCAUCACUGUGAUUGGUGUCAUAGCGAUUGUUGCCUUGGUGACGGUAGCAGUUUUGCAGAACAAGCCCGUCCAUCAAAAGUACAAGUAUGGGAUUGUGAUGGACGCUGGCUCCUCCCACACAUCUCUGUAUAUCUAUCAGUGGCCAGCUGAGAAGGAUAACAACACUGGAAGAGUUGAGCAGACGCAUUCCUGCACAGUCAAAGGUCCAGGUAUCUCCAGCUAUGCGUCUGAUCCACAGAAGGCAGGGGAGUCUCUGAGAGAAUGCAUGCAGGAGGCCAAGCGGCGGGUGCCCGAUAAAAGACAUCACGAGACCCCUCUUUAUCUGGGGGCUACUGCUGGAAUGAGACUGCUGAAUAUGGUGAACAGCGUGGCAUCGAAUAAGGUCUUUCAGGCCGUGGAGGACACCCUGCAAAAGUCCCCCUUUUCCUUUCAGGGAGCGAGACUACUCACCGGCGGGGAGGAGGGCGCCUUUGGCUGGGUCACGGUCAACUACUUGGAUGACCGCCUCAGCCAGGGCUUGGCAACCACAGGCGCCCUUGACCUUGGCGGGGCCUCCACUCAGAUUAGCUUUGUAUCUGAUAAUUUCGACGGUUCAGAGUCACCCAGCAACGGCGUGACUUUCCGACUCUACGGAAAUGACUAUAACCUGUACACAAACAGCUUCCUGUGUUACGGGAAAGACCAAGCACAACGCCUGGCGGUGGCACACCAGGCAAAAGACAGUCCAGUAAGAGUAUUGGAUCCUUGUUUCAACCCUGGCUAUAGUGUGGAUAAGGAGUUCUCCGAACUCUAUGAUAGCCCCUGCGUGUCACCCUUGAAACCCGAAGGACAUCCUAAAAAAUACACUCACAUUGGGACAGGAAACUUCACACAAUGCCAGGAAACCAUAAGAAGGAUCUUCAACUUUACUUACUGCCAAUACAGCCAAUGCUCUUUCAAUGGGGUCUUCCAGCCACGUUUGCAGGGGCCAUUUGGGGCUUUCUCAGCUUACUUCUUUGUGAUGAACUUCCUCAAUCUGACUGAUCCAUCCAUCCAUCUGGAAGAGGUGAAGGAAAAGCUAAAAAGCUACUGCAAUACCCCUUGGAAUGAGCUAAAGAACAUGUAUCCAAACGGAAGGAAGUAUCUGGCUGAGUACUGUUUCUCUGGCACGUACAUCGUCACCCUGCUGACAGAAGGAUACAACUUUACCUCACAGAGCUACAACGACAUAAAAUUCAUUAAAAAGAUAAAAGGCAGUGACGCAGGCUGGACGCUGGGCUACAUGUUGAAUCUGACCAAUAUGAUUCCAGCUGAGGCUCCUGACAAACCCCCUCUGCCCCACGCCGGCUACGUCUCCAUAGUCACCAUCAUCGCACUGCUGCUCUUCAUCCUCUUCAUCCUCAGCCUGCGCCCUCUCUGGCCCCGCUGCUCCAAACAGCCACAGAUCGUAUAAACACACACACACUGAUAUAUGUACAAGUGACGGUGAGGAAGGGAAUGUCAGUGAAGGCUUGUGGGGGUGGGCUAUUCUACCAAUUUGUGAAUAUCAGCAUUACAUUUUACAGCUUUUGUGGGGAGGUCAAAGGUCAACAUCGGUGCUCAUGAACAGUCCCACAGCUCAAGGACAUUUCAGAAGGACAAAUACUAUCUCUACUCUUUCUAAAGAGUGAGUUUCUCUGGUUGAGGAACAGUUUCUAUGUUUGUGAGCGUGUAUGUUUGAAUUUUGAAUGUGUGCUUGAGUGCGUGUGUACCCAUAUCAGUCUGCAUGUAUGUGUCUCGAAUUAUUAUGUGAAUAUGAUACUGUACUGUAUAAAUAAAAUAACCCAAGUUUAUAUAAAA